AUGAAUGCGUUUAACGACUUGGAAGACGGUGAAAUUUAUCACGACUCAGAGGACACCACCGCUGGGCUUGUCACUGAAAUGAUACUCAUUUCCCCACCCUCGAGUCCGUCUGGUCAGUCAGCCAUCCCGUCAAGUCAUGUCACCCGUUCCAUUCGAACUUCAGGCAAGUAGAAUCCACGUUCCGGUUUUACCUAUAAUGUGUGCGCUACUUAGGCAAUCAUUUUUGCUGCUUCUGUUGGUGCUGUCACCACUCAAAUGUAGUCCGGAUUUCUCAACCAUUUGUAUUCUUAUAGUAGGACCGGAGGGAUGAGGCCAAAUAAACGUAUGACCGAUUUUUUCCGAUAGGUAUAUUUGCAAACCAUUUGGCUUGGCCGUCAGGUACGAUCCUGUUUGUGGAGGACGCGUAAAACUGACUAACUAGCUUGCCAGUUUUAAUGUAUCCUGGAGCCAGUUAUUUGAAUGACGCAGGAGAAUGACAAGCGUUGGAUAAAUAUAGUAGUUUUCCGGUAAAGAAAUGAUUUUUAUUAUUUAUAUUAAGUUGUUUUUAAAAUCUACACAUUUUCAGUGAAGACGGAAACAGAGGAAGAGAUACCGGCGCCUGAACCUCGGGAGAAGCAUGAAACGAUUCCGGAUGAUGAGCUCAAAAGGCUGAUCGCCUGUUUGACAAACAGCUACCCCGUUAUUAGUAGAAAUGCAGCAGCCUACUUUCAUCAUGUAACAUACCGAAAUCCCCGGUUAAAAGAAAAGCUGGCGUAAGUUCCUGUAACUUUGAAUCAGGCUUAAUUUCACCAUAUUGACUGAUAACCACCAUUAAGUCAAAUAGAGUCCAGAGCGGUGGCCGGGAUUAUGACUGGUUGGAUGAAUGCGAAAUAAGUCUAAAAAAGUAGUAUAUUCUGCGUCGUCUAGCCCCUGUUAUAUACAGUGCGUGAACUAUCUCAUGAAAUGUUUGCCAAAAUUCUCGAAUGCCUUUCCGACUAGGAAGGAUUACUUAAGUGGGGUUGUUAUACUGAUUAUCAUGCAGCACAACGUUAUGAUAUUUCGGACUCGCCUGGAUGUCGCCUUUUGAAUGCACUUCUUUCUGACCUCCUACAGAAUCCACCCUUGGCAAAAAAUGACUACUUAAGUAGCAUGCAUUUUCCCUAUUGUUUUUCGAUGACCUUUUAACUUCAAACAUAUUUUUCAGAAAACAUGUAUAAAAAUAUGAUUUCCUUUGCUCAUUUGAUAGGAAAUCAUAUUAUCUUCAUAUUUUAUGUUCGGAAAAAGUAUGUAUUUAGGUUUUAAGAGAGUUUCUAAUUAUGAGAUUUUAAAGACCGCGCGAUGCCCAUGCAUGCAAGGCCACACAUGUCCGUUUGCUAAUGCUCCUCGUAAAACGUACAACUCAGUCCGGAUCCAUUGCAAAAUCUUAUGAACUCUAUGUGAUAUCUUCUUAAAGGCAUAGAGGAAUGUAUUAUUUUCCUUGCGCGGAAAGUACGCACCUUGUAGAUUGAAGUUACUAAACGCUGAUGCAAAGGCAGAUCAGGCUGAAAACUAUUCGAGAAUUGGGAAAGUAUUGUAAAACUUGAAUUUACAAUUUCUUCUGACAUAAAAUAUGAAGAUAAUAUGAUUUCCCACCAAAUGAACUAUGGAAAUCAUAUUCUGUGCAUGUUUUCUGAAAAAUAUGAUUGAAUUUAUAAGACCAUCGGAAAUCAAUAGGAAAAAUACGUGCUACUUAAGUAGUCAUUUUUUGCCGAGGGUGGUUUCUGUAGGUGUUAAAUCGUACUCUCGACAUAGAUACCAACUAACAGGCCAGACACAUAUUUUUCCGAUGUUUCUGCUCCUGCUGCUGCUGCUGCUGCUGCUGCUGCUGCAACAAGGGCAAGCCUUGCGUACAGUCAACGCUCUACCCGUCUGAGCCAGUUGGCCCCUCGGGAAGCCGUGAAGUUAAUCACAUUUGGGCCAGUUUACACGCCCACCCUACUGCAAAGCAUGUAGUCCACCAAAUCGGAUAAAGUAAGCUGACUGCCUAAGCAGGAUUUCCUAAGCAAUCAAUCUAGAAUCCAGCAGAAUGAUUACCAGACUCAAUUAAUUUAUUAGUUGGUAUUCUUGCUGAUUUGAAUAAUCCAUUGUACCUUAGUGUGAAAAACUCGACGGCGUCAGUGAGAUUCGAAUCCACGACAACCAGGACGAGACUUGUUGGAGGGGUGUUCACCGAUCAGGCUAUGGAACAUGCUCAUCCCACUCCGCUUUGAUGCGCUGUAUACAGUCCUCACGGGCAAUUCUCGGUCUGAGUCUAUAGACCUUGAAUAAACUGAACUACUCCCACUUCAUAGAUAAUUUCUCAGGAAAUUAAAAAGCGACAAUGUCAUUUUUCUAGCUACGCUGACUGACCGUUUGCUCAACUACCUCCAGCUGCGACCAAUUCCAACAUAAACACGUUUAAAAGGGAGAAAAUCGCCUACUAUCCACACAUGAAGAGCCCUUCCUGGCACAUUUGGAUUCACAGCCCCCUUAGAUAAAAUUAACCCUUGGCAAAAAAUGACUACUUAAGUAGCAUGUAUUUUUCCUAUUGUUUUUCGAUGACCUUUUAACUUCAAACAUAUUUUUCAGAAAACAUGUAUAAAAAUAUGAUUUCCUUUGCUCAUUUGGUAGGAAAUCAUAUUAUUUUCAUAUUUUAUGCUCGAAAAAAGUGCGUAUUUAGGUUUUAAGAGAGUUUCUAAUUAUGAGACUUUUAAGACCGCGCGAUGCCCAUGCGUGCAAGGCCACACAUGUCCGUUUGCUAAUGCUCCUCGUAAAACGUACAACUCAGUCCGGAUCCAUUGCAAAAUCUUAUGAACUCUAUGUGAUAUCUUCUUAAAGGCAUAGAGGAAUGUAUAAUAUUCCUUGCGCGGAAAGUACGCACCUUGUAGAUUGAAGUUGCUAAACGCUGAUGCAAAGGCAGAUCAGGCUGAAAACUAUUCGAGAAUUGGGAAAGUUUUUUAAAACUUAAAUUUACUAUUUCUUCUGACAUAAAAUAUGAAGAUAAUAUGGUUUCCCACCAAAUGAGCCAUGGAAAUCAUAUUUUGUGCAUGUUUUCUGAAAAAUAUGAUUGAAUUUAUAAGACCAUCGGAAAUCAAUAGGAAAAAUACAUGAUACUUAAGUAGUCAUUUUUUGCGGAGGGUGGUUUCUGCAGGUGACAAAUCGUACUCUCGACAUAGAUACACAUAUUUUUCCGGUGUUUCUGCUGCUGCUGCUACAAGGGCAGGCCUUGCGUGCAGCCAACGCUCUACCCACCUGAGCUAGUAGGCCCCUCGGAGAGCCGUGAAUUUAUCCGCCCACCCAACUGCAAAGCAUGUAAUCCACCAAAUUGGAUAAAUUAAGCUGACUGCCCAAGCAGGAUUUCCUAAGCGAUCAAUCUAGAAGCCAGCACAAUGAUUGCCAGAUUCAAUUAAUUAAUUGGCAUUCUUGCUGAUUUAAAUAAUCCAUUGGACCUAACUGUGAAAAACUUGACGGACUCUGUGAGAUUCGAAUCCACGACAACAAGGGCGAGACUUGUUGGAGGGGUGUUCACCGAUCAGGCUAUGGAACAUGCUCAUCCCACUCCGCCUUUGUGCGCAGUAUACAGUCCUCACGGGUUUUUAAUGCAGCAGCGGGCCACUAUGUCCCGUAACCCGAUCGGGAAGCGAUGUUCUUGCAAUGUGGCUAAAUGGCAGUUCUCUGGUUAUAUGUCGAAAUCAUAUAUACAGUUAGUGACCUAAUGUGUCGAACUUUACGAAUGAUUGCGAAUCACUCGCAAACCGACAUCAUUUCGUGAGUCCAAUGUCUCUGUUAAUUGAGUGCAAGUUAACAAGAAUUAAAAACAUUGAAAAAAUAUUAAAGGCAGUGUUGCGUUGUUUAGAAAUGCCGAUUUUUUUUAGAAAAAGCGCAAUAUCCCGAAAGCGUCAGAAAUGGCUCUAAUUUAGUAAACUUUAUUUUUAGAUUAAUAGGAUGUAUUCGCAUAUCAAAAACACAGUAAAUAUGAAAGUAGACAUAAAAUAACGUCUCAUAACAAUGUUUUAGUGAAGUUUACAUCCAAAUAUACUUAAAUAAGUAGUGUGAUUUCAUAAAUGGCAAUUUGUCAACUGCCUACAUUCUGAACGUAGAUUCCAGAACAUUUUUCCUGUGAGUCAAGUUAUUGUUGACUGGUUUUAAGCAAAUGAGAAGGGGUUCAACAAGACAAGCUGGAUUUUGCUUGAGUUCACCUAUGGGGACGUCGUAGGAAGAAAUGUCUUCAUAAGGUGACAUGCCAUGAGGUCGGUGGGUGCCUAAUAAAUUUAAAUAGAACUGACAGGCAAAACAAUUUCAGCUCAUUUUAACGAAGGAACCCCUAUCUGCGUUAUCACUGCACUUUAGGGCACCAAAUCGCCCAGAUCUGCUAAGUAGACAUCUAGGAAUUGAUAAAACCUCUAGUUUUCUUAAAAUAACCUUUGUGUUAGCAGGUUGAUCACAAUGGUUAACAUCGGACAUAAAAUAAAUUUUCAUGUUCGGCUAAAUCUGUUUAUUAAAACUCUCGCGGGUAAACUACUAUCCCUUCAAUGAAAAAGUCGCUCAAAUGCGUAUUAGCAUAGGAACUUACACGAAUAUAUUCCAACGUCCAUUUUCGCUAAGAUUUACUGAUAUUUUACUUGACAUAAUUACGUAAACACAAUUUGUGCACAAGAAAAUGACAUUUUAUUGAAGGAAGUGUAUGAGGGAACAGAAUGCUUGACGUUAAAGGUGUCCAGAAGUUCUCUCAUCAGUUUCCGUUCUCAGAUUUCAUGAAAUAGGUAACGUACUGUAAUUCCCUAUCGAGUCUACCAAGCUACGGGUACCGCCAUUUGUGGUAUAAGAGUGCUAACUGAUCGCGUUACGGGACUCAGUCGUUCUCUCAUGCCUUGGGGUUCUCUCUCUCAAGCCCCGCCAGCAGGCGCAAAUCGGCGUGUAGUAUAAGCAGGUCGAAAUCACGGACAAAGAUAAGAGAGACUUGGGUGGCCGAUUUCGGCCUAUUAGCUGUCGUCAGCCAAUCACACUCAACCCCGAGGUGUGCAAAACCUGAGGUUCAACCUCGCGAACUGUCAGUUAUAAGUCCAACGCCCUCGGGGUCGGGUAUGGUUGCCUGACGAUGGCUAAUGCGCCGGAAACGGCCAUUCCACAUAAACACGUUUAAAAGGGAGAAAACUGCCUACUGUCCACACAUGAAGAGCCUUUCCUGACACAUUUGGAUUCACAGCCACUUAAGUGAUUAUUUGUAGACUCUACGAUUUUAAAGCAACCUAAUCGCUAGAUGAGUGCCAUCAACGAGCAUAACCGUGGCAGCUCGGUUGCCAACUCUAGAAUCCACUGAUUCACCGUCUCAUGAAUAAGUGCAUUCUGUGCUUGUUCAUAGGGCAGGUCUUUACGAUGUCUUCUUUGUAACCUCUGGACAGUCUUACUGGGGUGCAUAUUUUACUCUUCAGAGAUCUCGAUGGAAUCCAGAAUCUGUCCGACCUAGUGUUAUCACCUGAUGCGGAGACCAGACGGCACAGCAUCGGGGCCUUGCGUAAUUUGUCCUACCAGCCAUCUCCGCUAGUCGUUGUAAGUUCCUGUCAGUAUGUGCUUUUCUCAUGCCGAGGACUUGUGCGAGUUGACUUGAAACAGCAAACUCAACCUGCGAACUGGUGCUGAGAGCAAUUCUAUCGUUGCGAGAGAUGACGUUCAGCAUGUGGUCUACAGUGUGCAAGCAGCGUCGGUGACUUGCUCGUGAUUUAGUUUAUAGUGAGACAGACUUGCUCAGAGUCUACCAUACUCUCUUCUCCCUCACCCAUCUGCCUCCUAGGGCUAGACAAUGUCAAGACGAUCGUAGGCGGACUCAGACUCAGUGGCUGACAAGGCUAAACAGUCCGUUUACACGGGCCACAGGACCUGGUCCCCACAGAAUGUUCCAAGCUUCUUCAUGAACAACUGAGAUCUUACAUUUCUGAGUGCCAUAAAGACUUCAUUUAAAGGGAAAAGGCUAUUUGGAUAACAUGCGGAAAAAAGAAAUGAAGCCUGAACUUCCACACAAACCAAAAAUAAACGCAGAAACACAGUGAGUGGUUAGCUAAAACAAACAUUUAUCGAAGCUCAGACUGAUAAAAAAUAAAAAUGAUAAUCCGAAUACAAUUUCGCGAAAAUUAUGCUCAACAAGAGACGUGGCUGUCAUCACGACUAGCGUGAAAGUGCUCGACCAGUCGCCUGAUAACCAGCGGAAUCAUUCCGCAGAGUGACAGUUACUCACUUCUGUUAAAAGGAGCGAUUACGGCCUGGCUCAAUCAUAAGGUGGACCGACUUACCCAGUCCACCGCAAGUCUUCCAGGUCACGACUCUUACUGCAGCAUGAUAAAUUCAAGCGCGUUACAUUUACUAUCGACAGAGAUGCACUUGUGUGCCAUGAUACUGGAUUCCCCAGUGUCGAGGUCAUUCACUUUUCCAUCCUUCCUUUGCCAGCCGACUUUCUGGACAGGUAAACCAGCUGGUGGUGAAAUUAAACACGGUGGCUGACGAGACAUGGAGGCCUAACGUCCCUUCACCAUGCAUGACGGCGGGUUUUGGCAUGCGGGUUCUCUGUGCCACGAUAAACGCGUGCUGUGAACCUGUGAGGCGCUGUUUUGGACCUGUGUGUCCAGAGCGUCGAUCGUUUUAUGAGCUUCUCGUGACUUAUCACGUAUGCUCAGCCAAACAGAACAUGAAAACUGGCCACGUAAAAUUUGGUUUCAUCAGGUUGUGCCGGCUCGCACGCACAUACAAUGCAGACUAGUUCGGCUAGUUGUGUCCCUUGCCCACUGAAGGCACCCACUACAAAAUAAGGCUAGAAAUAUUUUAUUUUUAGACAUUUAUUGAAUGUAUUUCCACUUCAUCUGCAUCUUUUCCAUCAAAGUCGACAAUUAUUUAGGUCUUACAAAAUGCAAACCAUCUUCCGGCUCCAUGCUUCAUCUUCCUAGACAGCUGCUAUGCUCCAAACAGAAAACCCUAUGGAGUACCUCCUGCUAGCAUACGUAGUCACUUUUUAAAGAGUAUAGUUUUUGCAUGCUACCGAAAAGAAAUUCAUUCGAAAGUCAUCAUCCUGGGGUAACUGUACUAUUAUAGAAUUAUGCUGAAGGAUGGUUAUCUUUACAACCCUACUUAAUUAAUCUUUUCGAAACGAAAACGCAUUUUGGAAUUUCGGUUGAUAUUUCAUGAGUUAGCCCACCUACUGUACCUAACUUCGUCACUCGCUGGAGUAGGAAGAGAAAGAGUGCGCAAGCGGAGCUCGAAGCACGCGCAGGGAAGCGAGUGAAGGUGGCGUGUACACACUCUCCAUCCCCGACACAGCCACUCGCUGGACUAAGAGGCUAUGGGGGGCGCAAUCACGACUGGAAGGCCACUGGGGGUACCGCGUGGUAAUUCUCAGUACAUGGCUGCUGUAGUGGAACCGACGGAGUUCCACACCCUCGGAACAAUUCCAUUAGCAAGUCUACUUGGCCACUCCCUGGAGUAGGAUAAUGAAGAGGGAGCAGACAGGGAUCGCACCAUGCGGAGGGAAGCGCGUUUGAACUGAUAACCAAAGUAACCGAGGCUGCCGUAUAAGCACUUCUCUCCCAUGACACAGUCACUCGCUGGAUUAAAAUAGUAAGGAAGAUGCAAAUGCGUGAUAUUUGUAAAGUCAGCUUAUUCACAGCUAUCAAAUUUUUUUAGGAAGCUUACCAUAUGAUAUCACUCAAGUGAGGCUGGCGGACCAAACCUCGCCCAAAUUUUCUAUAAGCACAGUCCAGAAACUUUGUCGAUGAGCUUUACCGCCUACCUAGCAGUUGGACGAAAAACGUUCCUAGGGCGCUCCCCAAAAUAAACAUGAAGGACCGAUCAUAUUACUUCGUUUUCAUUCGAUGUACCUCAAUGACUGCACGACUUCAAUAAAACCGUUAGUUUGACAGUGUCGGCGAGACCUGUCAGUUGAAGUUGCUAGGCUUUGCGACUUCGUAUUAGGGUUCUGGUUCGGCAAAAUGCUCUAAAAGUGACGUCGGCAGGAAAGGCAACAGUUGAGUCCUAACAGGCGUUGCCAUGAACGAGUCCCGCCUGCCAGCACAUGGCAGAAACAGGCGAAAGGUCAUUCUGUACAGAAGUGUGGGAUUCAAUCUCAGAUCUCAGUGCGCGCUAGCAAGGUCAGCGCCAGUGCACUGAGUAAGCAUGUGAGAACGUUUGAUGUCGGCGUUGGGAAGCUGACGGAUCGAUUAGCUGGCGCCUACGACUAGUAUGCCUGUUCAGCGCAGUCGGCGAACGUACACGCGUCAAGCACGGAGAGGGACUAAAAUCAACUUUUUGAAUCGCAAUAAAAGAAGCACUUAUUAAUGGAAAAUAUACAAGAGUUAAGAGAACAAAUUGCAAUUAGUGGGGCGGUUUCGAUACAGUAAAAUUACACUUUGAUUUAUGUAUGUUUUGGCAGAUUUUGAAUAAUUCAUAUUGACCCAACUGUGAAAAUGUCGGCGCCGCGGUGGGAUUCGAAGCCACGCAGUAAGUGGAAGACUUUACUUCAACCAACGCUCUAACCACUUGAGCUAUGAGACCCCGCAGGACGACGCGAGUUUAAUCACAUUUGGAUCGAGUUACCCGCCCACCAAACUGCAACGUCUGUAAUCCACCAAAUUUGAUGCAGUAAGUUGACUGCCCAAGCAGGCGGGCCUCGUAGCUCAAGUGGUUAGAGCGGUGGCUGUACUUAAGCCUUCCCCUUACUGCGUGGGUUCGAAUCCCACCGAGGCGCCGAGUUUUUCACAGUUGGGUCAAUAUGAAUUACACUUUGAAGCAAAUGAUGGAAGUAAACCGUAAACCCAUGCUGUAAAGAUGAGAAGUCGGCUGUAUGUUCGUUCGUUGACAAAAGAGAGACGUGUUAUUUGAAAACGCAUUCUUCAAAAUACUACCGUGGAUUUGCGCAUAUGGUCGUAAUUCGAAGAGUGACCUGCACGCUUGCAAACAGAAUAUCAUUCUAGAAAACAUCUCUCUCUCUCUGUAACUGGAUUUUAACCAUUUCGAAGAUGUCUUGGUCCGCUGGUUGUGUACGUAUGUAGAGGGUCUUUGGUUAUGGUCUUGCUAUUUACCUAGGCUCCAGAGUGACAUCGGAACGCAUGGAUUAGCGCUCGGCGACGCGCCUCAUAAACGGCCACAGUAAUCCAAGACAGAUAGAUGAGGUGUGCAUAUAGUCGUACUGAACAAAGUAAUAAGUGUAAAUUCGCCGAAUAUCACAGGGUUGACACGAAGUGUUUAGGUGGAAACGCGGAAAACGGUAUAAUUAUUAGUGAAGACUAUAUUAUCCUGCGUCAUUCAAGAGGGUAGGUCUUGUCCUACUGAGUGCAAUGCGUCCAAAAAUUUAACGUUGAGACCGAUAACCAAUCACUUCUCUAGAAGCAUCGACCCAGGACUGGCGCGGCUCGAUUUACUCGGACUCAGAACUCUACAACUGCCACAUCAUACAUCGUAUAACUUCACCGAUACUCAAUAGAGUGAAGAAGUUCCCCCUAAAAAGCUGUCAAGGUUCUUGAAAGCAUUACAGAUUAGUACUACAUAUGCCAUGCAGGACUAUAACCCACCGGUUCUGUCGCGUACAGUUAAUAUCGAUAUCUAGUAGAAGCCUGCGUUCAUUCAUAUUUCUUUUUUGACGCCAUCUUCAAUUAUAGCUUUAGGAGGCAUAAUAUCAUUUGCCCUUCUCUAAUAAAAACUUCGAGAAAACAGUAUUAUAUUCGUUCAUCCAUACAUUUACUAAAAUAAGCGCAAUCCUGAUGCCUAGUUCCUAAAAGCACCUGGGUAUCGUUGGGGUUUAUUUUGGCCUACAGUUUAGUUAAACAGCCAUAUUUGGAGACCAGUUAAAUCCACCGCUCAGUUUGUGGUGAUAUCUCGGUUUGUAACCUAGAAUGGAAAUGAAUACUGACCGUAUUUAAUGAAAAAAUUUCGAGGUCUCAUCCUCCCACACAGAUCAUAUGUAGGUCUAUCCACACGUCAUCACAUCACCUGAAUGUGCAGCACGAAACACCGAUUGGUCCUCAAACUAACCAAUCAGAUAAAGAGCUACUUCGAGUCAUUCGCGAGCCGUAGCACGUGGCUUACCAAGUUAGAUCUCAAUUAAAGCGUUUCUCGUGGUUCAUAUGACGGAAUCCCCCAAACUGAUGUCAGCUUAGGCCUGCGCGGUCUUCUGAAAGGCGCAUUGGCUAAGCCGGUCAGAAAUGAAAUUCUCAUUUUGCACAGACCGCUCAGCUGCUGCAAAAAAUGUAACUGCUUUAUCUUGUCCUUGCCGUCUAGUACAAACUUCGAAAGGCUUCCGUGAUUGCAAAUCUAACAACCGUGCUCGACGAGGCUCGAGUGGACACGUCUUCAGGCAACGCCACAUACAGGAAAAGGCUGGAGGAUGCAAUCACAGCAACAUUGUGCAAUCUUUCGACACGUGAGGACUUCAGGAAUGAGAUUAUCAAAAACACGAUUCCAGUCCUAAUGAAUGCCAUUAUUUUGCCCCUAUCCGGCCUGCCUCAACAGGGGAGAGAAAGUGAAGUCUUUUCUGAUGAGCCCAGCACGAAGUCUGCCCCUGAGGCACCCGCGUUGAUCUUUGCCACGGGGACAGUAAGGUAUAUCAGGUUUUCCGCGACUUACUGGUGGGACAUGGCCCAUCUUUUGCUUUGGAAGCCUGAAUUCCCUGUUUGUGUGACUAAAAGGUAGCCUAGCAUUACUUGAGUAGUCUUGUUACUCCAAAUUGCUACUCUAAAAUCCAGAUCUCUUUAAGUAAGUCGGAUUCAAAAGUGGUUUUUCGAAACACCAGUUUAUCUGAGAGCAAGUAGAUGGGUUCCUCAGCAAACUGAACGCCCAGCCACUUAGGAAGAACACGAUAGCUCGAACUUCAAAUGAGAUGAAGAAGAUGAUCUCUUAGUUCCAAGGACUGCCCCAAGAGUUCUUUUUAGAAGACGAGGUGGUGAGUAUACGUAGCUUUCGAUAAAUUCUCGUCGGGCCAGUACAAUUAUAUGGGAAGGGGUAGAAGAAAAAACACGUCAGUGAUAAGGUAAAUCGAUUAAAGUUCGCCUUAAAACACAGGCUGGGUGUGGGAAUGUGGGGAGGGGGUAAAAGCAGUCAGUGCCAGGGGCGGCGGUGAGAGCGGAAGGGCGCGGGGAGAGUUGCAGCGUUAGUCGACCUUCGACCACUGUAGGCCCGGAGCCUGUACGUGGUUCUUCUGUGCGCACAAGAUUGGUUUUCGUAACCUGAUGGCGGCCGCUUCUGCUGUUGCUAACAGACGCUGGUCCAGUGGUUUAGGAUAGCUCGAUGGGACCUUAUGGAUCGCACAAAACGUUUCAUUGGGGUCUACAUGAUGUCUGGAAUUGACAACAUGAGCGAGAAUGGCGCUGCUUAUGCUCCUUGUUUCGCCUUUUCCCAGCCAUGCCGGAAGGUGUUCCCUUAUUCUCUUGGAUAAGUCCCAUCUCGUGCGACCAAUAUAACCUGCUCCACAGGAGCAAGUGAAGGAAUAGAUGCACAUUGAAGUGGUCUGGGGUGACAACUUAUCCUUACCUCCUCCGCGUAAAGUAGUUAUUAGAGGAGGAUACUUGAACCCUUGCCGUUGGGAAGGUUCGCGAAACAGCUUGAUCAAGGCGUCUCUUUAGGAGUUCAUUCGCAGCGUCACCUUGAAAAGGGACUCUGAGGAACAGAGUUUUCUUUUCGGCCGUCGGUGUGGCGGGUUUUACCGGUCGUUCGGCCAUAUUCUUUGUAAUAAACCUGUCCGGGUACCCGUUUUCACAAAGAAAGUCCUGUAUUUUUCUAAGUUCCUCCUCGAUGCUAUCUGUUGAGCAAAUUUUUCUAGCUCUUUGUGCCAAACAUCGGACUAGAUUUUGUUUUUGUUGUAGGGGUAUGCAACUAGCGAAGUUUGUGUAUUGUCCAGACCAGACUUUAUUCCGGUGGACGCUUCUUCGGACACUCCCGUCAGGUCUCCUGCUUAGGAGAACAUCUAAGAAAGGGAGCGAACCGGCCGUUUUGAUCUCCACCGUAAAUUUGAUAGAGGGAUGUGCCUGAUAUACAGCGUUUAAGAGGGCAUCUACGUAGGGUUCUGCUGUGGCAAUUGCAAAUCUGCGCCUUUCAGGGACGAUUUCUUGGUAAAAAAAAAAUACAAUCGAAAUCGUGGGGUUCAGAGAGGACCUCCGAAGACGGUUGUUUUAUUAAUGAUCAACGAACUUGCUAGUUCAAGUAACACUGCACGCGAACAAAGUAGAGGCGAUCUUGGCAAACCUGACAGUCUGAUCUCAGACAAUCAUCCAUUGUUAUAGGGAGUGACGGAAUAACUCCACAACGUAGCCUAACAAUAUUUCCCUAAUUUCUUCACCCAAUGCCACCGGUAUGAGACGACGGCUUCUUGUUAUUGCUUAUAACGAUAAUUUCCGUACGAACACAGGCCAGAAAAGAACAUUAAUGGAAGAGAAUAUGCACACCUGAGGUUCUUGUUUAAAAGAAGACGAAGGCACGAUCACUGGGACCGUAGAUUUAUUGGCCUUAGCUUUCGAACUCGAACUGGGGCUCAUCAUCAGAGACUGCUAUCAAAUCCCGUGCCAUAACUGUCCUUGCCACUACACAGGCCAAACAGGACGACGUCUUAGCUCACGAACACUUGAGCACAAACGGGCCGUUUGGAGAGGUGACCCACUAUCUCAAGUCGCCACUCACACCGUGGAGGAAGGACAUGAGUCCGACUUCGACAAAUCGCGGAUGCUGGCGCGAGCCGGCAACAAAACGGGGCGAGAACUGUUGGAGGCGUGGGUGUCGGAUACCAACCCCACCAAUAGAUACAUUGAUUUGCCUGCGUGUUAUCACGCACUCCGCCCACGCAACCAGGUGGCGUAGCUCACAUCUUUGCGAAGUACAAACGGCGUCACCACUCCGGGUGACCAUUGUGGACCAAGCGGCACAAACCAGACCUAGCCACGGACGUAGUCCCCUCCCCCCCCGCACGGAACAACGAUAUAAAUGCUCACACGUUGCUGCACUCUAGCAGUCUCUGAUGAUGAACUCCAGUUCGAGUUCGAAAGCUAAGGCAAACAAAUCUACCGUCCCAGUGAUCGUGCCUUCGUCUUCUUUUUAGAAAAGAACAUUCUCAAGCAGCCCUAGCCCCGUACCUCAGCGUCCAUUCCUCCUCUUCCACGAAACUGUUUUUGCCAGAGACUUCGAAAAGAUCGCUGCAGGCAGAAAACUGCGGCCUCCGUCAUGAGGAGAAAAUCCUGUGAAUACUAUGUGUAAGGAAGUGGCAAUCAUUAUCAAGAGGGGAAAUCGAGGAUUUGAUUUCCUGUGGUCACCUCCGCCAGUCGGCGAGCUUGCUUUCAGUCGAAGCCACCCGAAUUGUGAGGAACACCCAACACAGCCUCAGUCACAUGUCCACCGAAAUGGCCCCUUAAUGUUGAGUAAAGCUGCAAAUUACUGUUUACGUCCCAUCAAAAAUUGCCAGGCGGUCCUCAAAGUAAAAGCAAAGCCAUCUUACGUACCGACCAGUCGGCUUCAACCCAGGCCACUUUGUUUUGUCGUGGGGUAUUUAAGAUGGACGUAGCGCGUAUCUAUCGCGUAGUACGACGGACCAAAUGAGAGAACUUUUGUGAGUUCAAUUUGUCUGCUAAGCCUCUGCCAGGCAAAAUUUUGUUCAGGAAAAUAAAAUUCCAGUUUAGCUUCUAGGGUCACGUGGGGACAUAGUUCAUUGAGCUAGCUCAAUUGCGGGACGGGAUGAGAAGUUGCAGUUCGCUGUCAGGAUUCGGAUCUGAAGCCCUACCGGGUAGCCCCAUUGCGGCAAACGCUCGGGAGCUAGUGCCGACAAGGAACGACAACCCCGAAUAAUCCGUCGGGUCUAUAUCGGUCUUAGGCUGGGUGUAUGUUCCACCUGUAGGGAUUCAGGACCAAAAUCCCCAUCCGAAAUUGGGUCAGCUCAUUAAACACAACCUUUGGCGUUCUCAAUGAAGGGCAGUAAAUUUUAAGCCCAAGAGAAACUUGCAGAGCGCUGGCUUCAAUGACGGCUUGGUAAGCAAUCUGAAUUCAAAUCCUUACAGCCAGAGAAUCAUUUCAGAAAUUAAUAAGUGCAAGACACGAAACGCUGGGGGACCCACUGUUGAGCCGAGCCCCUCGCAGCUGUGUCAUGCAGCGGCAGAAUAUCGGCGAAACACGUGUCUGGGCUUUUAUUUAGUACCUAUGUCGGGAGUACAGUAUAAUACAUUCCAUGUAAUAUAAAUGUUAAGCUUCUGGCUGGGCUUAAGGAAGUUAUAAAAUUUAUGGUUAAGGUUAAGGUCCGGUUUGAGUUUAAGGUUAGUCCGGAGUCUGGAAUUACGGUAGGAACUAGUGUUGGGGUUGGGGUUACGGCUAGCGUUAGGUUUACGUUUGCCUGCGCAUAUCGUCUUACCCAUAACCUUAGAGUAACCCGUUUUGUCCGUUUACACGCCCUGAUUCCCAUUUUUCAAAUUGCGCGGCCGUUUUGGCGCCUCGGCGAAGUAUUAAAACAAACAUAUGGCAGAAUUAUGUGUUUUCUCGAUGGCUUCUGCUCAACUGAUGGACUAACAUUUGCAUCCUUCCCGUAUGACAGGAGUUGCAAGGCCUUAUUUUCUCAGUCGGCUUACAUAUCCAAAUCCCGCCACUUUUUCCCUAAACUGCUGCCUGUCCGGAAAAACAUGGUUUCCUCCUCCCUCUAUCUAGAAUGCAAUGGCGUACACCGUAUUCCCUACUAACAUAUUUUAGUAGUACCCCGGAAAUUCAGUUAAGGGACUUUGUUGCGGUUUUUCUGGACUGUGCCUGAUGAGGAGGGCCUUUUGGCUCCUCGCGCAGUGCUUUAUAAAAAUGGCCAGACUGAUUCUGGAAAGUUGGUCCUCGACUGGUACACUCAACCGAGCCAUAGACCUACAACGCGUCUACCAGGCGCUCUGCGGAAGACUCGAGUCAGUCCAGGCAGGGCCAAUGGCACAGAUGAAAAGAGUCACACGGCGCUGACCGAACGUCACGUGACCGGCGUGGCGCACUGUCUCACAGAGGUACUCGCGAGGCCGGAAACACCACCCUUGUGGAACAACGAUCGAUCAGCCCGCCGUCUGACGAGGGGGAGGCCAACGAGCAUGCUGACGCAGCGGCAACCACGCCAGGCGUGAGGGGGACACAAGCCACGCCAGUCCGCCAAUGGCUGGACUCGGGGGGCGACAAUUAGCCAACAGAAAACAGGCUAGCAAACGAACGUGCGCUGGGCACGGUUAUAAUACGAGGCAGGCGGCAAGGCUGAACAGAUCAAGGUCAGCAGGAAACGCUAGCGAAUGACUCUGAUGAUGGGAGCGAGAGAAGUUUCGGAACGUCAGUUUGAAUACAACCUGGUCCAUGAAAUCGCUUACUCUUCUUCGUUUUCCUUGGAUAACUUUCAGUGUACGUUGUACACGCACAGACUCGUAGACCGUGUACAUCAUUGCCAACAGGCCUAGGAAGACCUUUUAAGUUCGGGGUUUGAACGGCAGAUUUGUUUAAUUUCACGUUUCUGCAAGAAGAAGCAAGGAACUCUCUUUGCAAACAUGGAGGGGAAUGUGCUAGUCUGCUUGUGGGCCACAACUUUGUAGCUCUUAUUGGCAUCGAUUGGGAAUCAGGCAUGCCCAAAGGAUUCUCACUUAAUCUCUCAUUAAACGAUGUGCCUUCCGGUUUUGCGUUGGAACUUUAAGCCUUCUUCACGCUGCUGAACAUUAAUGCGUCACCCGGAAGUAACACCUCCUUAUAAGGGUGUAUUUGGUUGGUCUGUCGGUCGGAUUUUAUUUCGUAGCCGUACCAACAGUAGACAAGCCCCACCCUAACCUCGACCCUUAACCCCUAACCCAAUCCCUAAUUUUAACCCCUAACCCUAACCACUGACCUCUAACCCCAACCCCAUGUCCCUAACCCUGAUCCCUAACCCCAAACCCCUAAUAGGUACGGCUACGAAAUAAGGGUAAGAUCGCAGUUGGUAGCCAGACAUUAUACGUUGAUACUGUCGACGUACGUAUUUGUUAUCAGUAGAUGUGCUUACCUUGUCUAGGGAACUUGUUAUCAGUAGGUGUGCUCUUACUGAGUUAGGCAGGUCGCCCGUUUCGGUCAAGCUGUUGGGUCUAGUGAGGGUUAGGGUUAGGCGUAGGUUAGGUUUUAGGAUAAGGGUUUGCCUUUUAGGGUCAGGUUUCAGUGUUAGGAUUAGGGUUUAGGCUCCCGUUAGGGUUACGGUUAAGGUAAGGGUUAGGGUUGCGGUUAGGACUAGGGUGGGGCUUAAGGUUAGGGUUAGGGUCAAGGUCAGGGUUAGAGUUGUGGCUAGGUUUUGGGUUAGCGUUGGGUUUUAUGAUUUUGGUAAUGUUUCGGUUUUGCGGCUUAUGGCUAGGCUUUGCGGUUGCGGUCAGGGUUGGAUUUUAGGGUUAAGUGUAGGGUUUAAAUUUCUGACAUUAUUCCACAUACUUAAACCUUCCCAGCACUUUCCCUAGUAACUUCGCUUUUACCCAGAAACUCCAGCAUUCCUCUACCAGUCCUUCUAUUUACCCCACCCAUAUAACCCCCUUUCCCACCAUUUCCGUACGACAGGAACCUGGCUGUCCGCCUCCCCAUUCCUGACUACCAACUGCGAUCUAGCCGAAGUAGGAUCUUGCCGCUUAGUCUUAUUAAGGCCAUACAUGGUCAUAAUGGCCUUCCAGCCGCCUACCACUGAUGUGCGCAUGCCCACUCCCCUCUUUUUAUAAUGGCCUAGUGCCCGAGUAUGCGCCAUACAUCAAUUUUUCCUACUUUAACUAGGAAUGUCCUCACCGAAACAGCCGACUGUCGCCAUCGCCUGAGGGAGACUCCAGGUCUGGUGGCUGCACUGAUAUACCUCUGCAAGUGUCUUGCUCACGCCGGCGAAUUCGAUUCCAGAGUCCUCGAAAACUGCGUCUGCGCUCUGCGCAACCUGAGCUUUGCUUUGCAGGAGGUCCGUGAUCCCGCCUACUUGACUCGUCGUGAGGCUGGCUUCUACGAGGCGGCAACCAGCGUUCCGGACGAAAAACGUCUCGACUUCCACAGAAAGCCCAAGGCUGGUCUGGUCCUGGGUGUGUAGAGACUGAAGUUGCAAGUUUUGCAAAAAUAGUUAUUUGUCAUAGAAGUUAUGUCCUAAAUAGCUGUGUGCUUUUCAGCUGAAUAGACAUUAUACGGUGAUACUGUCGACGUACGUACUUGUUUUUGUUGGUGUGGUUACCUUGUUUAGGGAACUUGUUAUCGGUAGGUGUGCUCUUACUGACUUAGGCAGGUCGCCAGUUUCGGUCAGGCUGUUGGAUUUAGUGAGGGUUAGGGUUAGGCUUAUGUUAAGUUUUAGGAUUGGGAUUUGCGUUUUAGGGUCAUGUUUCCGUGGUAGGGUUAGGGUUUUGGUUCCCGUUAGGGCUACGAUUACGUUUAGGGUUAAGCAUAGGACUAAGUUUAGGCUUAAGUUUAGUGUCAGGUUUAAGAUUAGGGUUAAGGCUAGGCUUAAGGUUAGGGUUAGGGUUAAGGUUAGUGUUAGGGUUAUGGCUGGGUCUUGGGUUAGCCUUUGUUUUUAGGAUUUUGGUUACGUUUCGGUUUUGAGGCUUGGGGUUAGUCUUUACGGUUGCGAUCAGGGUUGGAUCUUAGGGUUAAGCGUAGGGUUUAAAUUUCCAUACUUAUUUCACCUACUUAAAACUUCCCAGCACUUUCUCUGGUAACUUUACUUUUAUCCAGAAUCUCCAGCAUUCCUCUACCAGUCCUUCCACUUACCCCGCCUAUAUAACCCCCUUUCCCUCCACUACCGUACGACAGGUACCUGACUGUCCGCCUCCCCAUUCCUGGCUACCAACUGCGAUCUAAUCUAGAUUUGAUUCAAAAUAACAGUUCGCGUUUCCUAAGGUUCCAACGAGUGAAGACUUCAUCGGCCUAGCCUGUCAGAGUGCUGAGAGUAUGAGAAAUGUUGUAUUCUCUGAAAUGAUCCAGUGGACGAUCUGUGAACAUGCAUCCCUUUGGUUGUCCCCAGAUACAACUAAGGAUGCCGCCGACCAGCGUUUGCAGGAUCAGCCUUCCUAUAUGGAGAUCCCACCGUCGGCUCUCAGCCUGUUUCACGGGAGCCAGCUAUUGUGGCAACCGGACAUCGUUUUAGUUUAUCUCUCCGUUCUGCGUGGCUGCAAGAACCCGUGCAUUGUGGAGGCUGUAACAGGUGCAAUUCAAAAUCUUACUGCCUGUGAUUGGCGUCCAAGCAUAGAAAUCCGAAGGAGGGUAAGUGCGCCUAACGAAAAAGUAAUGUUUAAAGGCAGUUUAUUUAAAAGCUAUCUAAAAGGAUUAAUUUUGUGCGUCAUCGAACUCAUGUUGACCGUCAAUUAAGGUUGCAUUGUCACCUCUCACGCAUAAGCUGACUUCAAAGUUGGCUAAUCUACCCCACUACACGUCACAAAUUGGACGCUAACAGAUUGAUGGUCAAAAGGGAGUGUAUCAUGGUCGUCCUGACGCCAGCCUUUUUCGUGUUUAGUCAACAAAUACGGGCUAGAUUAAGGCCGUGUCAUGCGACUUUUAUGCAUUUGGGAGUUCCUGUAUUUCAUUGUUCAGAGAGAACCCGCAUUGUGUUGGUUGUUGGUGAAUUCGAAACGAUACGAUCCUGGCAUUCAUUGAGACGAACUGAUUACACGGUGGGGUACUGACCUGCCCUGUUGUGUUGAAAGAAGAAGUAGACAGCCGGAGCAUCAGAAGCAUUUGUUUAUUUUUCUGAAUUUUCGAACUCCUUCAGUAGUCCAUCGUCAGAGCUGACAGCGGCGAAAUCAAGUGACAAUCACAGAGGGCAUUAGCCAAUCAACGACCCAGUACCACAGACUUGGACGCCAGAUCAUUACGUCGAUUUAUUGAUUCCUCAUCCGUGGGCAUUUGCCUUGAGAUUAUCGUUUACAGCAUUUGUAGAUGCGCUUGUUGCAAAAAAACAAUCGCAGGUCUGAAGUACUGCCGUAAACACGUUCAAAGAUGCGAUCGGCUAUUUCUGACUCGUUUUCUACUGUCCUUCAGUCACGCCCCGGCUAUAGACUUCGAACUGGAGCCGUAGGGCAAAAUGCCAAGCCUGCAUGCCGUCCCUUAAUCAGACCAAACCAACGGGUCCACUGUCACGUGACCUUAAAGUAUCUCGAACGCGGUCGAUAGCGUGGGCCCCUGGCUCGACUACUGAAAGCUUUAUCCGAAUGAUACAAAUGAUGCGGCUCUAAAGUUCGAGUUAUUUCAGGCUUUAGUAUUGGUAGUACUUACGAUGGAUAAGAAGAUGGAAUUCAGCUUAUUAUUCACCCUCUUUUUUUCCGACAGCGCAUCUUAAUCACAUAAUAUGUAAAGAUGCCUGCUAGCACAACUAUUGAGUAACCGUGUAUUAUAAUCCUUCUUUCUCCCCCUUAAGUUUCCAGACUGUCUUGUCUUAGUAAAAUCUGUUUAAGAAGGUCCCACAGGGCAGUGUUCAGAGCCACCAUAGGUAAAUGCUGUCGUACUAUAUCCUAAAUUUUCCCCCAAGGAAGUAAAUAUCAUGUGUACGAGGUAAAUAAAGCUGACAAUCUCGUUAUUUACGAGAUAUUCUGAUACGGCGACCAUGUAACCACCACUAAGGACAAUCAGCGUCGUCAUUCCCAAUUGAGACCGCCUACCGGGUCCUGUUUUUGCGUAUAAGGUAUUGGGUAUUGGUAGAUAUGGAGCAAGUGAUUAGGGCGACCGAUUCAGAAGCCCAACGACACCUCUAUAUCAUGCGUCGCUGUGCGUCUGCUGGUUGGGCUUGAGAGAGAGAGAGAGAUAGAGCCCGUAAGGCACAACGGAACGAGUGCGUUCCGUACGAACGAUCGGUGAGCGCCCCUACCACAGUAUAUUCCUGAUCGAAAACCGACAGGGCAACGGGCUCGUGGCUCAGUGGUGAGAGGCGUGGACUUCUAACCAACAGUUCGCGAGUUCGAGCCUCAGGGGUUGCCCACUUCGGGGUUGGGUAUGACUGGCUGACGACGGCUAAUAAGCCAUAAAUGGCUAUUCCAGUCACCCUUGUCUUUGUUGAUAAUGCCUUCCUGCGUAUAUCAUGCGUCGCUGUGUGGCUGCUGGUUGGGCUCGAGAGAGAGCCCGUAAGGCAAAACGGAACGAGUGAGUUCCGUAAGAACGAUCGGUGAGCGUCCCCUACCAUUAGAAACUCUUUUGUUCUACAUCUGCGACAGGGAGGAUUUUUUUCUGAUUUUACAGUUCCGGGAGGAGCGAGGUAUUCCUCUGCUGAUUGAACUCUUACAAUCAGAGGAGGACGCUGUCGUGAAAACAACCGUCACCGCUUUACGCAAUCUCGCUGUUGAUGCACGCAAUCGGGAUGAGAUUUCUCUCCACGGCAUCCCUGCCCUGAUCGCGCGACUGCCCGUUCUACAGAACUCCUCCCCGGCAGCGGUCGCGGUUGCGGCGACUCGGUCGGUCACGCUGAACACUGCGGCCUCCAUCCUGGCAACGCUUUUUGCGUUGAUUAAAGACAAAGUUGGACAUGCUACGUAUGUGCCCGCCUCUUUCUGUUCCUUAAACAACCAUAUCCUGCGAUAUUCGUGGUCUCUAAGGCUGCAGUGACAACGCUAGAGCCUGCUUUAAAGGACAAGACUGUUAUGGAUCAGUUUUGGACUUAAAUCUGCGUGGGCCGCGCUGUAAAUCUGUUUAUCAGGCAACGCACUCCUAAGCGAGAUUCUGCACAUUAGAAGACUGGCGUUCAGCUGGAUAUCUUUCCAAUAGAGAGUUCGAUCAUCGCGAACAACAGCGUCUAUCAUGCGUCUAACGUACAGUAGGUGGGCUAACUCAUGAAAUGUCAAUCGAAAUUCCGAAAUGCGUUCUCUCUUCGAAAAGAUCAAUCAAGAAGGUUUGUAAAAUUUAUUAUCUGGCAGCAUAAUUCUAUAAUAAUUCAGGUACCCCGGGAUGCUGACUUUCGAACGAACAUCUUUCCGGCCGCAUGCAAAAACCACACUUUGUAAAAAUAACUACAUAAAUAGCAUGCAUUUUUCUCAUUUAUUUUCGAUGUUCUCAAAAAUUCAAUCAUAUUUCAUGGAAUACAGGCAUAAAAAUAUUCAUUCUUUUGUUCAUUCGGUAGAAAAUUACGUCUUCUUUCAAUUUUAUGCUCGGGGAAAGGACAUAAUUCGGUUUUCAAAAACUUAUCCAAUUCCUGAAUAAUUUAAAACCCGACUUGCCGUUACACUUGCAUUCAGGCUCUCCAAACUACCAGCUGUAUAUUAACCGCGUACGAAAAACCAUACAUUUCUCUACGGUAUUAAAAGGAGACCAUAUCGGGUUCAUAAAAUUUGGCAGUGGAUUUGAGCCAUAUUGUUAACUUUACAAGCCAUAUUAGUAAAUACAGAAACACGCGUUUUAUAAACAACCAUUUCGCGGUAUUAAAAAAUCUCACAGUAAAAAACUUUUAUGAAACCGAAUUUUACCCUUUAUUCGAGUAUAAAAUUAAGAGAAGACAUAACUUUUUACCGAAUAAGCUAAAGAAUAUUAUGAUGCAUGUGUUCCGUGAAAUAUGAUUGAAUUUUCAAGGGCAUCGAAAAUCAAUGAGAAAAAUUCAUGUCACUUAAGUAGUUAUUUUUCACAAAGUAUGGUUUUUGCAUGCGGCCGGAAAGAUGUUCGUUCGAAAGUCAGCAUCCCGGGGAAACUGAAUCAUUAUAGAAUUAUGCUUCAAGAUGAAAAAUUUUACAAUUCUACCUAAUCAAUCUUUUCGACGCGAAAACGCAUUUCCGAAUUUCGGUUGACGUUUCAUGAGUUAGCCCACCCACUGUACGUUAGGCGCAGUAGCGGCUAUUUGUGCGUGAAUUACUUUAUAUGAGAGCAGGCUUGUGAAGCAUCUAACGCACCCUCUCCUCCACCCACCUUGCACCGAUGCCGAGACAAUAUUUAAAAGGACUGGAGAUGAGCCCGAGCGUUGUGACUGACAAAGCCAAACAAUCCGUUUACGCAUGUCACAUGCCACUUGAUCUUCGCUCUAUGCACCGAGCUACUGUAAGGGCAGUUUGGAUAUCGCAAGCGUGAGAAUGUCGUAGAGCCUGACACCCGGUCCUGAAAAGACCCGAGUUAUUCACUCAAUUGACAAUUUUCUAAGCCACGUCUUAUAGUGCUUCGUGGUAGAUUCGACCCGUCAGAUUUAUUAUAGAAGUGAGUGAGCCGAUUUGCCAUUGGAAAGUAUUUCUCUGUGUCGGUCUCAGUUUCGCCUCCUUCUCCCAUGCGCCCGUCGACUUUCAGAACCUGUCAACAAACUGGCGCAGGAAUCUUUCCAGUCACUUCAUGGAUCAAAGUCAUGAAAUAGAAAUUAAUGGAGUUGCGUGUGAUGUGCUUUCCAUUUCUAGCAUCGCCAGCAGCCAGUUAUGUCCUGAAAUGCUGAUCGAAGGUCUAUAAUGUGGUUUCGAUCGAAAAGGACUAUGUAGGUGGGGUUGUGAUAUUUAUUGUCGUGCAACAUAAAACGUUUCGGUCGCGGUGGGAUACCAGCUUUUGAAUAAGCUUCUAGUCGCUUGAAAAAAACUGUAUUUGGCAAAUAAAUGACUACUUUUGUAUUAUGCAUUUUUCCCAUGGACUUCCGAUGCCUUAAUAAAUCCAAAUAUAAUUCAUAGAAGACACAAAAAUAUUCUUUCUUGUAAUCAUUUGGUAACAAAUUACGUCUUUAAAAUUAUUGCUUGAAGAAAAGGUAUCUAUCAGUUUAGACAAAGUCGGACUGGGUCGGUUUAACCUACAAAUUAUCUAACACUGGUAUUUGAAAAAAAUAAGAAUUCAUUGGAACAGGUUUAUUGGAAUGCUAACGCUUCGGAUAGCUUCGUCGGCCCAGCAUUGUUAAAUAGGUAAAUGCAAUCAAGUGAACAGGAAUAGAAGUGGCCUGCCGUGCUAGUCAGCCUCGGACUUAUCGAUUUUUUCUCCACUUUCGCUGCCUCCGCCUUUUUGAAGAUGUUUUGCGUGCCUAUCAGCUGCGUUCUUUGAGUCACCAUCUUUUCAGUUUGUGCCUGCGCGGCUUUAUGAGAUUUUGCGUGGCCGUCUUGUCCUGGAGCAUGUACAGUUGGUGGGCUUACUCAUAAAAUGUCAACCGAAAUUUCGAAAAGAGUUCCCGUUCCGAAAAGAUUAAUUAAAUAGGGUAAUAAAACUAGUCAGCCUGCAACAUAAUGCUAUAAUGAUCUAGUUACCCCAGGGUGUUGGCUUUCGAAAGAACUUAUUUCCGACUGCAUGCACAAACAAUACUCUGCAAGAAAUGACUACUUAAGAAGCAUGCAAUUUUCUCAUUGAUUUUAGAUGCCUGUGAAAAUUCAAUUAUAUUUCAUGGAAAACAUGCAUAAAGUAUUCAUUCUUUUACAUAUUCGGUGCGUCCUCUUCCGAUUUUAUACUCAAAAGAAGAGUAUAAUUAGGUUUUUAAAAACUUUCUGAUUCCCGAAUAAUUUUAAACCCGACCUGCCCAUACAUUUACGUUCAGGGUUUCAAACCUACAAGUCGUGUAUUUUCCGUGUGCGAAAAACCAUGCAUUUCUCUACGGUAUUAAGAGGAGCCCAUAUGGGUUCAUAAAAUUUGACAGUGGAUUUGAGCAAUAUUGUUAACUUCACAAGCCAUAUUAGUAAAUGCAGAGACAGGAAAUUUAACGAACAGCCAUUUCACGGUAUUAAAAAAUCCCACAGUAAGAAACUUUUUUGAAGCCGAAUUAUACCCUUCUUUCGAGCAAAAAAAUUGAAAGAAGAAGUGAUUUUCUACUGAAUAAGUAAAAUAUUGACUAUUUUAUGCAUGUUUUCCAUGAAAUAUAAUUGAAUUUUCAAGGGCAUCUAAAAUCAAUGAGAGAAUUGCAUGCUACUCAAGUAGUCAUUUUUGCAGAGUACUGUUCGUGCUUGCAGUCGGAGAUAAGUUCAUUGGAAAGCCGACACACUGAGGUAACAGGGUCAUUAUAGAAUUGUGCUGCAUGCUGACAAGUUUUACAACCCUACUUAAUUAAUCUUUUCGAAAAGAGAAAGCACUUGGGAAUUUCGGUUGACAUUUCAUGAGUUAGCCCACCUACUGUAUAAGUAUUGAAGUAGGAGGAAAGUCCUGAUGCCUGUUGAUGGAGUUGGCAUCUGAAUGUCACUCCUCAAGUGUUGGCCGUUCUGUCUUUGAGACGUCGCGGCCUAAGAUGGUUGCUCCCUGAAGAGCAAGAGUAUGGACAGUUUCUCCAAUGUGCGGUGCUAGUUGCGAGUUUGGGUCUAACAUCCGAUUUGCCGAUUCUUACUCUUGGUGGCGGGUCUACAAUCUCUCCAACGUAGCUGCAGUUCCCAUCACUGCAAAUGUUUUUGUAGACAAUUACACAGGCUUCGGUGAGUGAGAGUGUGUCCAUAGGUUUCAUCAAACGACAACGAAAUGUAGCACAUUAACGUUACCCUACAUGUUUACCUAGAUGUUAUGUUCUAGGAAUCCUUUAUUUUUUAUAAGAAUGGAAAGAUAAAUAAAUACGCUGUUCAUACAUUUCAAACUAGACCAUCGAGUCUGUAGAGCUAACGAAGACUAAUGAAAAAUUCAUGCCACCCAGUUAGUUUUUCCUUCUUGAGUUUUAUUCGCCGGGGGUAGUUCGAAGAAUGCUUAACCGAAAACCAGCUGGUAAGAUUAGAACGCCCUCUCCCCCCCCCCCCUCCUCCCUCAGCCAUAAAACUUUCCAAAGACGGAAUUGAGCUUUUAACCUUUUAAAAUAUGUCGAUUUCUUCGGACUCUGGGAUGUAGAUUGUGCGCUUGUCUGCUGUGUGAACAGUCCCUAAGUUAUUCAUCUCAACUCCCAGGGCGGACUUAUUUUUAUCCGACGAGUGCUUUCAUUGGAACUUUAAGACAAACCUCUUAGGCGCAGAAGAUGGAUAAUUACAGCUUAUACACCGGACGAAAUUUAUGAUAUUAACCACCGGAACAGUUUUUAUCACAAGCUAGGCGAAGUGAAAUACUCGGAGAAAACGUUUUUCGUCAGAUGAUUUGGUCUGUAAUGAGGCAAAAAUCCCAUAACUGAGGAGCAACAAGGCACUGCUCGUCGUCAUCGUCCGUGACCCAAUACGGGCUCAUGACUACUGACUCCUCCAUUGAAUAUAGACUAUACAUCGGCACGACUCCUAUUCGUUGGUUUGAUGUCCACACUUGGAAGAACGGUCAUCGCUUCGUGUGCAUUGCCAUUAAAGUUAUCGACGAGGCUUAUGGCUUCUGUGCCAAUAGUCACGUCGAUCUCGAUGUGCUGUGCGAAGAGGUACGAUCAAAUCUGGAUGUUCCAAACCCCCCAGACUAUGAAGAUGGCAUGUCAUCUGAUCUUUCCAUGAGUCCACCGUUCUGUCAUCUCGAAAGUCCAUCCGAGCCCUGAAUGCACUCUCUAAUACAGUGUAGGCUCACCACUCAUACCUUCUUUAAUGUCCUUCUCUAACCCUCGAGUUUCGCCCCCUCCGUAAAUUUGUCGGUUGACUGACCUUUCUUAGUGGCUUCAAAGUUCCCGAGUAUAGUUCUUAAUUUCCAGAAAACUCUGCAUUUUUCCGACAUCAUCUUGGAAUGGCUAUCUCUGAAGAAUUAUGCAUAACGUGUUACAUAUGUUAAAGUGUUUGUUAAUCUGUACGGACAAGCCUCACCUUGAUCGCACUUUUGACAGUUUCCACGUGAAGCAGAGGAUAAAUCUGGCGGAGACUGCGUCUGACCGUUUAUUCCUUACCGUAGGUUCUUUGUGGACUGCGGAGGUGUUCCACCCUGUAUGGCAAUUGCAAACACCGGUCUGUAUACCGACCCCCUGAGCCCGGUUCCCACAGAGAGAGACAAGACAGUCCGUUUUGCCCGUCAUAUCCUGCGUCUUCUCUGGCACAUACCGGAGUUGCAGAAACGUUUCCAGUCUGCGGGCUGGCGGGCCACCAACUUCUGCGUUCUGGAGAAGCCUCUACUGCCUCGAAUGCCUUGUGGCCCGUCCGCAGCCGCAGCCAAAGCUGCACAGACACUGAGACCCUCUCAGAUCACUGUCGGUCUACCUGAACCACAGCCAGAACGGCGGCGGCCGCUUUCGGCAGUCAGUGCUCCGCCAGAUGUGUCCGGCUCUUCGCCAGCAGAGAAGCUCCCUCUGCCGCCUCCAGCUUCACCCUUCCUAAGCUCAGUUCGGUCUGGAGUGAGUGAACGGAAGAUCGAAUAUGCGUCACAGAACCUGCUGCCUGUUCCUGCGCCCCGAGCCUUGAGGGUAAGUUGCCCUGCAUCUUCGCAGGCACCUCUGUACGUGUGUUCCUCCCCGCGGUAGAUGCGCCCGACCAAAACGGGACCUAGAUCGAAGUCCAGCAGGCGUUUCCAGUAAUGCGCAGCAAUAACAAAUGCCAACAUUCAUGUUGGCCGACUCCCGUCACGCCGAUUGGGAUCCGUAUCACACCCCCCCCCCCAACUUUUAUCGGUGUCUAAAAUCCUAGCCAGUAUGUGUUUUGCACCAGGGGGUGUGGGGGUACGCCUGCGUACGGGUUUACGCCAUAGCAUCAACCUACGACCUCUCCCCCCUCCGGCAUUCUCGACUUAGUCAUGACACCGGUUCCAAGUGGGGCAGGAAGAGGAGUGCGGUAGAUGCUACGCAAGUCUACUAUCACUUUAAACUAAUUUACGUGCAAGUCAUGUUCCGUGCUCUCACUCUGCUGCAGAGUACAUGGUGGGCGUCGUCGGUAAGUUUCCUCUCUCCCUCUCUCUCUCUCUCUCCACUUCCGCUACUUAAAGGACAGUAUGAGUAUGGCUAGUUGAUGGCGAUUAAUAAGUCAGAAAUGAUCGUUCCGGUCUCCCUUAUCUUUGUCGGUAAUGUUAAUCUGGCUAUACUGUGCCCGCUAUGCAGCUGCCUGCAAGGCUCUUGGUGGAGCUUAAAGCACAUUUCCUUCACGUCUGAGAUCGGCUUGGGGAAUCAAAGUCGAAAAUUUACAAAUAAAUUGUGUUAUAUAUGUGCAGUGCGUGACCGAUCUCAUGAAAUGUUGGCCGAAAUUCUGAAAUGCGCUCUCGAUUAGGAAAGAUUACUCAGGUGGAUUUGUAAGACUGAUUUUCUUGCGGCAUAAUCCUAUAACAUUUCAGACUUGGUAGGAUGUCGACUUUUGAAUGCACGUCUUUUUGAUCUCCUAUACAAAUCGUACUCAGUAAAAAGGACUACUUAAGUAGCAUGCAUUUUUCACAUGGAUUUCGAUGGUCUUAUGAAUUCAUAUAUACUUCAUAAACAAAACAUGGAUAAAAAAUUCUUGCUUUUACUGAUUUGAUAGAGAAUUAUGUCCUCUUUGUGUUGUAUACUUGAAGAGGGAGUAUGAUUAGGCUUUAAAAAGGCUUCUAAUUCCAGAAUAAUUUGUUGCGUGAUCAGCCGUUGCAUUUGCGCACAGUGAUUUCAAUCUACAAGGUGCAUGCGUUCCGUGUAUAGAAAAUCACACAUUCUUCUAUGCCUUUAAAAAGAUAUCAUAUAAAGUCCAUAAAAUUUUGCAAUGGAUGAGGACUAUGUUGUACAUUUCAUUAGGAGUAGUGGUAAAUGUACAGGUACGAUGUUGUGUGGAUGGACAUUGCACGGUCUUGAAAAAUAUCAUCAUUAGAAGCCCUUUUAAAGCCUAAUUAUACUCCCUCUUCAAGUAUACAACACAAAAAGGACAUGAUUCUCUAUCAAAUGAGUAAAAGAAAGAAUUUUUUAUCCGUGUUUUUUAUGAAGUAUAUUUAAAUUCAUAAGACCAUCGGAAAUCCAUGCGAAAAAUGCAUGCUAUUUAAGUAGUCCUUCUUUACUGAGUACGGUUUGUAUAGGAAAUCAAAAAGACGUGCAUUUUCAAAAGUCGACAUCCUGCCAAGUCUGAAAUGUUAUAGGAUUAUGGUUAUUUACAGUCCUCUUUGGUUGCAGUGUAGCCACUAGCUGAAUGUUUACGUAGGGAACAAUCGGUUAAGUUGUCCCAGCUGGGAAGUUUAGAGGUUCUUUAAAAGGAAAAGUACCGCCAAAGGCAAGGGCAACUCUAGUGGAAAUUUAUGGCUCAUCAGCCUACGUCAAUCAGCAUUACCCUAACUCAGGUUUGCACGACCUGAGACUUGCAUCCGCCAAUGUAAGCGAAUAGGCGAUUUGCAGACAACAGUCAGGAAAGAGGCGCGAUCGCUGAAACAAAUGCUUUAUUCCUCUGACGUAUGCGAUUUAUACUGGAAUUCAUAAUCGGAGACAGAAACGAAUGAGGAUCCUGUUUUGCAGAAGUGUUGCACUGCUCUGAACCGGAAGACAUGUUUUCUGAGUUGCAUUAUCUUGGACGACUGCUCAAAGCGAGGGUCUAUCUGCUUAACUUCAUUAACCGGUGCAUGCGCAAACGAGUCGAGAGACCAAAUUCAACAAACCCCCAAAUUUUGCCGUACGUAUUCCCGUGUGACCAGAACGUCUCGGAAGCCAUCAGUCGCUUUCAUACGCUCCCUGGACUUGGGGCUGCACAAAGACCGGAGGCAACCCACAGGUCACGAAGUCAGGAAACUUAUUGCCACGACAAGCAACGUUUGCAGUCGUUUAUCGGAUCAGGUGCAGUUGUGAGGCUAGCAUCUAUGUCGGAGGAAGUGAAAGACUACUCCGGACACAGAUGUUCGGGCGCACAGCAACACUGAAGGGAAACGUCACCAGAUCCCAAGUCGCGACUUAUUCAACGUGACCCGUUAUCAACUGAAAUUCGAUGAGACAGAAAUUCACGCAAAAAGUGCUAAUCACGUAAGCCGAGAACAGCCCAAGUCACGGUUUUACGGCUCUCAGUCAAUUUCCAAACGCAAUGAACCCCCGCCUCUUUAUUGUCUGCUUGGAAUUACCUUGCUCAUAAUAAUGAUCCAUUGUUCCCACUACUAAUUCCGGCGAGGUAAGUGACCCAAGAACCCAUACGAGUGAUGGCAUUGCAACGAGUAAGGGCUCGGUUGCCGGCCAUCAAGCUGUUAUCGCGAAAAGUACAGCCAUCCGCGAUGAAGCUGGGAGCCGCCAAUCUUGAUAAAUAUUCGGUGGCAUAACAACUGCAUCCCGUAAAUACUGCAACACUUGUGCAAGACAUUAUCUUUAUCGACUCCCCUGUCGGAGGCUUGAUUCGAGUGUAACUCCGAAACGUCAGGUAAAGAACCCGUAUUCGAACGCACAUCCCUUGUUUAAAAAGGUAGGCUUUCUUCAUCCAAUCACUAUAACUUGCUUUACAGGAUGAAGCAGAAGAUUCGACAUACAGUUAUAAUGAUGAGGAUAUCAGCCUGCAUAUUCCUAUUACGUAAAAAAGUAGACGGAAAAAUUACUCGAAGUCAAACUCCAGGCCACUCUUGUGCAAUCUUCAGGUCCAGGCGACUAUAUAAAUGGUUUUUUGAGGAGCCCUUGGGGAGCAAACUCUCAACAAGACCUUCUUUCUUUCUGAUCUCAUUCGCUUCUGAUUCCACUCGUCUGUCAUCGAGAAUUGAUUUUCGCAUAAAACUUCCAUAAGAGCUGAUGAAACCACUUAUUCACUUGGUACUGCUCUAACUGUCUUUUUUGCCGUAGGCGUUGCUGUGAUUUGUAUAGUCUGACUUCCUACCUAAAGAAUUAACCAAAAGGGGAUAACGAGACUUGAUUGCCUGCUUUUAGACAAACGUGAUCUCAGAAUAAUCCCUGCUUAUACGCAAUGCUGGAAUUUUUUGUUAGGCAAGGGAAUAUGGACUCACCGCAUUAAGAUGGCCUUGCCCUAAAUUUCAGAGGGAUUCGAGUUGGGGUUAGAAUGAGGAAUGUUAGGUUUAAAGUCGCUCAUUAACCGCACUUUCCAACUGACCGACUCGGACAGUGGCUGUGGCCUAGGAAUGGGGAGUGAGGUUGACAACUCAGCACAUUUUCCUUACUAUAACCAGUCUGACGCGCUUGAAGCUAUCACUGCGCACUAAAAGCCGUGGCUUCGAAGGUUGCCAACCGACGGGAUAACUUGAACCUCGCAAAUGACCCAGUGUGUGUGUUUGUGUAGAGUGACCGACUAGUCAUACUGCAAUAUCUCCUUCUCAAAAUGGCCUUUAUGGCAUACCCACUCCGAGGAAUCCCAGCCAAGUGUUGCGGCAGACCAAGGGACUGCUCUGGUCGCGUCAGCUACCUACGCCCUCUCCCACCUCCGGUCUUCUUGACCAUAUCUUGACACUGGGUCCAGGUGGGGAGGUGGAGAGAGUGCGGUAGAUGCUGUGCAAGUCUACAUUCACUAUAAGCAACGCACCGUAACAAAUGCCAACAGGGAUGCGACGGCAGACGCGGUUGCUGGCGGACGUCGCGCACACUGGGACCCCUCCCCAUUGUUGUUGUCGAUUAAAAAACCUGGUUAUUUGCUGUGUGGACCAGGGGGUGCGGAGUGGAGCGCCAAGGUGCGGGCUCGAACAUGCCAUGCAUCUGCGCCCUCCCUCGCCUCCGGUCUUCUUGACUCUGUCCUGACACCGGGUCCGGGUGGGAAGUGGAGAAGAGAGAGUGCGGGAGGAGGGCAGAGGCAGAACGCGAUUAUUGAGCGAACUUUGUUCGAUCGCUGACACUGCGAAUAGGUAGGGCUGAUGUCCAUUUCUAAAGCCUGCGCAGUGUAAAACUCCAGCUAAACUUCAAACAACUUCCUGAAUUUGUCGGUUUUUGGUUACCGAUUUUCGUUAUUGCCCUGUCUGCUUUGAGAUAUUUGUGCGAAAGGUUAGCAAGCCAGGUUAGGACCAAUGCGUCGCCUGAGGCGGAAAUUGAAUGUGUAGGCGCAUUGAAAAAAUAAAGCCCCGGGACUCCUCUAAUAUAGGAUGUUCAUAUUACUUUUACCAGUAGGACAGAUAAAUGCGGCAAUUAAGGGAAUCUGUGGAGGGCACAUGUUUAUUUUAUCACCCCAACGAGGUACCGGAACAGCCUGCGCGCUUUUAGAAAUACGCAAACUAGGCGCAUGUAAACGGGCGGUAAACAUGUAAUCCAAGGUUAUCGGUUAAAGAAGACCCGAUUGUGUAAGCCGGUAUGCGGCAAGCAAAAUUAACCCCAACCUUUUCUCUAGCCCUAAUUCUUAACCUACGCCUAACCUUAAACUUGACCUUAGCAUUAAUAAUAUAUUGAAUCAUUUUCAUAAGCUUAGCCAGAAACACAACCCCACUAUAGCAUGCCCAUCUAAGCCAAAUAAACAGGCAUGUUGUGGCGAUAAAAACUGGGGGUAACAUAUCCACUCAUCGCCUCGACUGAUUACAAGCGGCGUCUGGCCUCGUUCACACGAAUACUCAUGUGAAUCUAGCACUGUUUCUGUCCAAGGUCCGCUCGAAACCGGUGGUGAAAGCUCUUAUGAAACUACUCGUUCUCGCUCUCUCCGUAUGGGGUGCACACAGCAGCCAUGAAUACUGCAUAGUGCUAGGUCGCGCUGAAUUGAUUUGUGUAAUUCUAUGAACUAUUUUACACCAUAGGGAAUUUAACCGAAAGUUGUUGAGUAUUCGUUAGCCAUACAAUAGCCAAUAGGAAGGCAGUCAUCGCCUAUCAGGUGUGUGUGUCCCGCAUUCCCGACUUGCCAGGCAAGUUCAUUUUGCCCCGAGUCAAGUUUAUAUUGGGAUUUUCGGGCAAAUCCUUCUCAACGCAGAAGAUAGGCAAUUUCAGAAGACCGAAUUGACAUAAUCCACAGUUUUUGCUAAUUAGAACAUCUAUAAUGGUAGGCUGUGUGCGUGUUCCUUUCUGACGACAGUAAGCCAUUAGGAAUUUUUUAACUAGUUAAAUUUUUCAUAGGUAUUUUGGCAGAUUUUGAAUGAAUCAUAUUGACCCAACUGUGAAAAACUCGGCGCCUCGUUGGGAUUUGAACCCACGCAGUAAGGAGAAGGCCUUAGUAUAGCCAACGCUUUAACCACAUGAGCUACGAGGCCCUGCCGGACGACGCGAGUUUACUCAUAUUUGGCGCCGAGUUUUUCACAAAUGGGUCAAUAUGAAUUAUUCAAAAUCUGCCAAAAUACCUAUGAAUUACGUGAGCCUGAUAGUCAUCUGGUGGAUUCUAGGUGAAUUACUUCGGAACUCCUGCUUGGGCAGUCAACUUACUUUAUCAGAUUUGAUGGAUUCCAGACGUUGCAGUAGGGUUGGGCGGGUAACUUGACCCAAAUGUGAUUAAACUCGCGUCGUCCGGCAGGGCCUCAUAGCUCAAGUGGUUAGAGCGUUGGGUGUACUAAAGCCUACCUUUUGCUGCGUGGGUUCGAAUCCCACCGACGCAUCGAGUUUUUCACAGUUGGGUCAAUAUGAAUUAGUUAAAUGUUGUCUGCUGUUUUGUGAGAAAUGUACGUUUCCUUUAACCUGCACGUUAAGGUUACUGCUCGGAUAUCCUGGGACAGCAACAUCAAACUCUCAAUGCCCCAGCGAAUAUAAAACGGAUCCCUAUAAGUUCCUAGCACAAGUUAACUGUUAAGUAAUUGCCUCACAAAAAUAGCAGAAAUUAUAAUAAAAGCUCUCGGAACUGGCCUUGUUCAUUAAACUAGUUGUUUUGUUUUCGGCGGAUGCGGUGUAACUUAGUGAGAGACUGCUGAUGCGUCGAGCGGCUGACAGUGAGCGAAUUAGUGCUUGUGUUGGCAGUACCACGAAGAGUUUUGGACGGCACGUGGUUGAUUUUCUUAGUUUUAUGAGUAUUACUCUGGAUGUUCUGACAAACAUGUUGACUAAAUGCAAAAUGCAUGCCCAAAUUAAUUUUGUUAAGACGCUCCCAGGCCGAAAUGCGCCAUAAAGAACAAUCCCCAUAACUUGCACCCGCCAGAAAUAGGAUGCCUCUUGGUCAGUCUAAGGUUGAAAGUCCCAUCUCAUUGUGUCUCAUGCUGAUUGGCGAUGUCUGUAAAUCAGCGCAUUUCACUUCUAACUCACUGGUGCCCCCUUCACUCAGUGAUGCCCGACAGUAUUCCGCCCUCUGUCGCGUGAGAGAUUUCUCGGCACGUAAAGCACGCUCGUUUGACGAUCCUGUCACGCAACCGCAAACACGACUAGUCUGAUGAGGUAGCCUCUGCGGUUUAGCCCACCAACUCAAAGUACGACACGCCUUUCAGAGGCCAUCACUGUAGUUGCUUAUUGGUUAAAAUCUCCCCCCAGAAUUGCUCUUGCGUGAUCUCUGGCAGGCAGUGGUUUCAGUUGUGCACUACCGUGGUGAAGCGUUUUCUACCCUGCGGGUCAUGUAUUGAAUGAAAUGUGGGGUUAGGUUGUUUUUCUCAAGGUUGUCUAUGACUUCCGAGAAGGCCUGUCAAAUUAGAAUCUUACAUUUAUUGCGCCAUUAGAAGCACACGCGGUUUCGUCUUUUACCUAGAGUGCAUAUUAGAGAAACGACGCCGAUGGAAGCAGCUAGUAUACGUGUGAUGGGGGGGGGGGGGAGUGUAGGGCACAUAAACCCGCACGACCCGCAAGCAUUAAUGUGAGGCUGGCAUUAAUCGCUCGUUUCCUGAAUCUACACCGGAGGCUUUUCCUCUGAUCUAUCGCAGUCAUGUCUGCCAAAUGUGUGAAUUGACUUGUAUUCAUCUCUUCCAGCCAGAAGAGCCAGCCCGUCAGAAGGCGACCUGAUAAGGUAUGUAGAGGAACGUGUCCUGAACCGGCAUACGGCACGCAAACUCUGUCCGGUUGCGAUGGGUGGAUGAACGAGAAGGAAAGCGUGUUCGACGAACAAUCACCUUACUCUUGCAACCUGAGAACACGCUGUUUUAUAACUCCUUAAAAGGUAUCUUAUCUGUUUGGGCCCCUGUGCGUCCUGGAACAUUCCGGCCUACAGUAGGUGGGCUAACUCAAGAAAUGUCAACCGAAAUUCCGAAAUGCGCUUUCAUUUCGAAAAGACUAAUUAAGUAGAGUUGUAAAACUAGUCAGCCUACAGCAUAAUUCUAUAAUAAUUCAGUUACCUCAGGAUGCCGGUUUUCGAACGAACUUCUUUUCGGCUCCACUCAAAAGUAUACUCUGUAAUAAACGACUACUUAAGUAGCAUGAAUUUCCUUAUUAAUUUUCGAUGCCCUUAAAAAUUCAAUUAUAUUUUAUGGACAGCAUGCACAAAAAUAUUCUUUCUUUUGCUCAUUCAAAAGAAAAUUGCGUCUUCUUCUAAUUUUAUACCCGAAGGAGGGAUAUAAAUCGGUUUUGAGAAAGUUUCUAAUCGUGGGACUUUUAAAUACCGUGAACUGACCGUUCAUAAGUCGUCAUGUCUCUGCAUUUACCAAUGUGGCUUGUAAAGUUUACAAUAUGGAUCGAAUCCACUGUUGAAUUUUAUGAACCCUAUAUGGUCCCCAUUUAUUACCGUAGAGAUAUAUGUGCUUUUCCGUACGCUGAAAAUAUACGGCUUGUAGUUUGGAAACCCUGAAUCCGAGUGUAACGGUAGAGCGGAUUCAAAAUUAUUCGGGAAUUGGAAAAUUUUUUGAAAACCGAAUUAUACCCUCCCUUCGAUUGUAAAAUUAGAAGAAGACGUAAUUAUCUACUGAAUGAGCAAAAGAAUAAACAUUUGUAUGGAUGUUUUCCAGGACGUAUAAUAGAAUUUUUAAAGGCAUCAAUGAGAAAAAUUCAUGCUACAUAAGUAGUUGUUUUUUACAGUGUAGUUCUUGCAUGCAGCCGGAAAGAAAUCUGUUCGAAGGCCGGCAUCCUGAGGUAACUGAAAUAUUAUGGAAUUAUGUUGCAGGCUGACUACUUUUACAAGCCUGCCUAAUUAAUAUUUUGUAAACGAAAACGCAUUUUGGAAUUUCGGUUGACAUUUCAUGAGUUAGGUCACCUACUCUAUGUCCAUCGGUCGUGGAUUGGCCGUUGCGUGGGCAAGAAUUCCCCCGCGGAAGAAUCUCAAAUGUUCAAAAAGCCAUUGUUUGGGCCGCAAGCGUGAGCAAAGGCACCACACGUGCUCACAGCUGCAGUACGCGUUUUUCGACUGUCUAACUUCACGCUUGAAUCACGCUGUCAGUUUGGUUUGCCGUCCUGUGCGUGGUCAAGUCUCCCUUUUGCCUGAGGCUGUGACUCCACACGGCUUGCGCCCUCCAUACCACCUCCCGCUUUUGAAAGUUCGACCUCCUAACUCUUCUUCCUCUGGUCCAAGAUCAGCUUCCUCGGUGGCUUCGCCGAACUGGUCAAGUGCAACUUCAUCGUCUCUGGCGAAUCUAUGCCUGGGCUGGUUCGCAUGCCUUUUAAUUUUUCCAGCUGUUGUCUCCCAUUCUGGAUUUUCUUAUUAUGUCCUAUACCCAGGGCUCUUCUCCGACUUUGUAAUUACGAGAAAAUAGCUCUUCGCCCUCCCGAAUGUCAUAUUUUGUCGGUUGGAGAACUUUGACUUUUGGUGCUGUAGUCGUAUACCCGGCUGUCGGCCCAAAAAACGCUCGGCUGUGUCUAGCAACUAAGGUCAUUUUUUGGGGUUGUUCUAUGGACGAAAAGGAAGGUGUCAAUGUAAUCCGUUUUAACGCUUGCGUUCCACACCUUUUUUAUUGCUCUGCUGACCAAGCUGUCUCGGGAACCGUCCCAGCAGCAAGGGUUCGCAUGCCAUUCACUACUAACCCUAUUUUACGCGCAGAAGGCAAGAAUAGGCUGCCACCUCAGACAGCUUCAAUGUGCAUCUACUCAUUCACUUGCUCCUGUCGAGCAGGUUAUAUUGGUCGUACGAGUCGGCGCAUUUCCAAAAGAAUACGAGAGCACCUUCCCGCAUGGCUGGCAAAAGGUGAAACUAGGAGAAUAGACAGCGCCAUCCUUGCGCAUGCAGUGGAUUCAGGGCAUCGCGUGGACCCCGCUGAAGCAUUUAGUGCGAUUUAUAAGGUACCCUCGAACUACCCUAAGCUACUGGGACGGCGCCUGUUAGCGACAGCGGAAGCGGCCGCCAUAAGGUUACGAAAACCGACCUUAUGCGCCCAAAAGAACCUCUUUCAGGCUCCGCGCUAACCGUGGUCAAAGGCUGACUAACCACAUGCAACUAUCUGCGCCUUUCCGCUCUUGACGAGCCUGUAAUUUAAAACCUAACUUUUAUCGAUUUUUCAAUCACUGUACCCCGUUCCCAUAUAACUGUAGUGGCCUGACGAGAAGUUAUCGAAAGCAACGCUCGUUCGCCACCUUUUCUUCUGAAUAUAGCUAUGGGGAUUUUCACAACUCUCUUGAAAGUAUCGACGAGAAGUUCUGUCUGGCGCUUAGGUUGGGGGUAAAAUGGUGGUGAUGUCGCAUGUUGGAUUCCCCACUCCGUUCUGUUCCUAGUCAAUAACGGCACAAAAACCCUUCGUACCCGAUUGAGAGAAACUGAAGGAAGGCCCGCCAAGUACAACAGCAUAUUGUCUUUAGACCCCGCCGACUGCAUUCAGGCUAUCUGACAUGCUGUUUCCGAUCACAGACGACUGGGUGCCAAGUCUAUGGUUCGAAAGCAAGACCUUUGAUUUGAUGCUCUAUAAUCUCAAAUUCAGGGCUCCAGCCCGUAGCUCGCCCGGCUUAGAUAUGUGGCUGGCAGACGACCAUAAAUUAAUUCCAAAUUGUUACUGCUGUCUCCCAUGCUUUGUUGCAAACACAUCGAAACAAAAGCAUCUUCAUGGCUUGGAGGCGCCAUACGGGGAAUUUAAUAGUGGGGAAUCAGGAAUGGGUGCCGUUCGUGAGGGGGUCUUUUCUAAUAAGCUGGGAUUGUCAAGUGUUUGUCAGAACGAAAUUUAAGUCCAAUAAGGAACUUCGAGUAGAAACAUGUACUUCGAUGAAAUGUCGGUAGCUACUUCAGGUGGUGAGACAGGUGUGGGAAGAAUGUUUGCACUUUUGCAAAUGUAAACUAGACCUAGACGAUUAGCAUGUGGUUACGUUCCAUUGUCUUAGAAAUGCUGCACUUUCUUCCAAAUGCAGCUUCGUGCUGUGUGCCACGAUAGUACCUGAACCUAAAUCAUUAAAACGUAACGGAUAAUGUCAGACCCAGGCAACAUCUCUUCUAUAACAAAAUGAUUAAGCGCUGGACUUGGUGAAGACCCCUUGAAAUCCCAAGUUCGUCUUUCGUGUAAUUGUCUCCUAUCAUUGCACUUUAAGCGAGCCGGAUUGGUAUUUACGACUAAGUUUUCUGAAACUAACUUGAGUGGAUGCCUUCUUGCGAAAACGCGGCUCUCUCAGUGGAAUCUGAAACCAUGACAUCAAAAAAAGGCCUCAGAACAAUCAAUUCUCUAGCCACAUUUCUUGAUUUCAUCCCUGUGCAACACAUCCCUGACUUUUAAUAAAAUUUCCCCUCUGAAACUAUGCAAAUGACUACACUUCAUGCUGAUUGUAUAUAACUGCACUUAAAAUUUCAUAUGUACAUUGAAAAGACCGCCCGCCGCACCCUUCGCAGCCCCGCACUGUAAAACGUUUUCCGUGAACAAAUAUGUUACUGACAAAAGUUUAGUAAGAUGUGCAUUUAACAUUUAUAUUGUAUGCACCGUUUUCAAUAUGGUCAUCAGGGGCAUUGCCUAUUACCCUAAAAUAUAUUAUUAUUAUAAUAUAAGCUAUGAGUCUCGACUCCAGAGUCCUGAGUUAUUUCAUAUUUGGGCUUCGUAACCCGCCCUACUUACUGCAACCUAUGGAAUCGACCAACUUUGAAACCGUGAAGUAAGGUCAAUCAAGAAUCCACGAGAUUAUAUCGGGCCGAUCGACAGCAAGGUGUAACGUGUAGUCAACAGUAUAUAGACGCUGAAUAACUCAUAAUAGUGGCAGUUCAACACACGUGUUUCACUUAUUUGUUUUCUUGCACGAGACAGCUGUGAGAAGCUUGACUCAUUAGUAAUUCCCCAAAAGUUCCUCGAGGGCUUUCUACUCCGGUUUUAAACGUUGGGCUUUUGAAAUACAGUAGGUAGGCUAACUCAUGAAAUGUCGACCGAAAUUCCUAAAUACGUUUUUGUUUCGAAACUAUUAACUAAGUAAACUUGUAGAAGGAGGACAUAAUUCGGUUUUAAAAAAGUUUUCCAAUUCCCCAAUAAUUUUGAACCCGCUCUCCCGUCACACUUGGUUUCAGGGUUUCCAAUUUACAAGCCGUAUAUUUUCCGCGUACAGAAAACCAUACAUUUCUUUACGAUACUAAAGGGGGACCAUAUAGAGUUCAUAAAAUUAAGCUGUAGAUUUGAUUCAAAUUGUUAACUUAACAAGCCUUAUGGUAAAAGCAGAGACAUGACUAUUUAUGAACGGAAAUUUUACGGUAAUUAAAAACCCCACAAUUAGAAACAUUUUUAAAACCGAAUUACGUCCCUCCUUCGAGUAUAACAUUGGAAGAAUAGGUAAUUAUCUACCAAAUGAGCGAAAGAAUGAAUAAUUUUUUAUGCAUUUUUCCCAUGAAAUUUAAUUGGACUUUUCUGGACAUCGAAAAUCAAUGAGAAAAAUUCAUGCUACAUAAGUAGUCAUUUUUCACAGAGUGUAGUUUUUGCAUGAAGCCGGAAGGAAAUUCAUUUGAAAGCCGGCAUCUUGCGAUAACUGAAAUAUUAUAGAAUUAGGAUGUGGGCGACUAGUUCUACAACCCUACUUAGUUACUAUUUUCGAAACAAAAACGUAUUUAGGAAUUUCGGUCGACAUUUCAUGAGUUAGCCUACCUACUGUACUUAAAAAGCCCAACGUUUAAAACCGGAGUAGAAAGCCCUCGAGGAACUUUAGGGGAAUUACUAAUGAGUCAAGCUUCUCACAGCUGUCUCGUGCAAGAAAACAAAUAAGCGAAACACGUGUGUUGAACUGCCCGUAUUAAGAGUUAUUCAAAGUUUUUAUGCUGUUGACUGCCUGCUUCACCUUGCUGUCGAUCGCCCUGAUAUAAUCUCCUUGAUUCUGCAUCAACUGUUUAAGAAAACUUACUUCCGGAAUCCUGAGGUCACCGAAAUAUUAUGGACUUAUGUUGCAGGCUGACUAGUUUUAAAACCCUACUUAAUUCCUCUUCUCGAAACGAAAACUCAUUUCGUAAUUUCGGUUGACAUUUCAUGAGUUAGCCCACCUACUGUACGCACAUGUUUAACUAUUCAGACUGUCUCGGUGAUUGGUAUCCAGGUGCCCCUCUUGUUCAUCAGUUACAAACGAUGCAUAACCGAAAAGCGACAUUUAACAAUUGAGUGCUGAUGUCCUUCUACUUUUUAAACAGAUGUCUCAUCGGAGUUUAAGUGCUACCUCCAACCUUAGUGCUCACCCUCUGUCAUCUCGAUCUGAGCAGUCGCCUCCGCCACGCCAACGCAAAAUAGGACGCUAUCGACCUGACGACCAAGGUAAUUAUAUCAAAACAAAACGUUUACUUUUGAAACUUAGUAAUAUGUGUUUUCUUACUUUGUGAAACGUUCCCCAGAAAACGUGGAAACGAUCAUCUCUGUUCAUAUAGCGCCCAGGUAAAAGGCAGUUAUAAAAGUGCCUCGUGUCAUGCCUGCAUGUAGCAGGUCUGCAUUUACAUUAGUACUGCAUACCUGGGAGACUUUGUUGCCAUUUAAGCGUGCAGAUUAUAACCUUUCCUCAAUGUAAAUAAAGGACUUUCGUCACAACUCCCUGAAAUCGUCAUGCAUUUGCACUUCUGUAGCUAAGAGGCGGUGGCAAGUAUUGCAAGGGAGAAUGAAAUUGUGACUAUUGCCUUGAUUAUCGUAAUUAGCCAGCCAGUCUAGAAAGACACAAGGCUCGAACCUGACCUCUUUCGCCGUUAAGCAUCUAGUCGGGCGCCCUACCUUUGAAACAUGGGCAGCCUUCGGAAAUAUUCAAACUCCUACCGUGGGGAUGGCAGUGUCAGCUAUUAUGGGCUCUACGGAAACUUGCUUUCUUCGUUCUCAGUUUUCGAUACAGUCAAUUAGUGAGAGCAAUCAAUUCUCAACGCAUUUUGACGUCCUUCUCUGGCUCUCUAUCGUCUUCCGAAAUUCCUUCAAUAGCCAGUCGACUGAUGCAGAUUAACGAACUCCCAUCUUCUCUUUCCAGCAUGGAAUCGGCAAAAAUGAAACUCCCUAGAGAUUUAAUUUCCAUUUAACAUCAACCAACCACCUUCAUCUCAGAGCCCACUGAAAACAUUUCCCCAGCAACCCCAGCCCACCUCGCCUCUCUCCAUUACACUUAUCGCCUGCUGGUAUCAUAUGCCCUUCAGGGACAUGUCUCGAAGCUUCACCCCCCCCCCUUCACUCCCUCAUCUGCAAUCGGGACCAUUCUGUGCGGCAGAUCUGUCGGAAGACCAACUAAAUCAGCUGCUUCAGCAAUAGUCCCACUUUUUAUGUCUGCGACACCCGAAGCGGAGGGCCUUUCAUGGUGGCAUCCCUCCAAUAGUAGCCAACCCCAUCGGCACCCCAACACCGUUUGUUGUUUUCCGGCCUUCGAAACCUAAGUAGCCACUUCCGGCUCCCGUACCCUUUCCCUGGACACUGACAUUCAGCGUCUUUGUCGUACCUGACGUUCCCCUGACUCCCUGCUGCCUAUCUUCUUCCGCCUCUAGUUUAUCCCAUCUCUGCUCCCUACUCUUUCCAGCCUGUAUUUCUCUUCAACGUCGCACGCCGUUCACGUCACUUGGAUUUUCUAGGUCGUUUAAUUCUUCAUUAAUUCUACACUGAAGCUUAUCCUUGGGAAUCGCUUCAUACUGAUAUCCGGUCUCCGAGAGAGUACUUUUCCGAGAUCGCUGAAUAACUGUCUGUCUUUAGUUGCCAGGUCACACUUCCUACCUAUCCUCCUUUAAGCAAACCCUCCGCAAGUCUGGAUACAUAUUUGAAAUUCGCCCGAGGAACAGAUAGAUGUGUUUGCUUACUACCCGUCCGUUCUACCGCAUGAAGGCUUGGGAUCCUGACUCGAUACUGAAAGACAACAGGACAUGGGAAGUUUUUUGUCGACAGCGUGAGGUAGCGCUUAUUUAUGGGGAAGUUAUAUGAGCGUAACCAAUACAGUUAGUGAUCUAACUCAUGAAAUGUGUCGACAUUUACGAAUGAUUGCCAAUCACUCGCAUACCGACACUGUUUCAUGAAUACAAUGUCUAUGUUAAUUAAGUACAAAUUUAAAAGAAUUAAAAACAUAAAAUAAAUAUUAAAGGCAGAGUUGCGUUGUUUAGAAAUACCGAUUUUUUUUAGAAAAGCGCAAUAUCUCGAAAACGUCAGAAAUGGCUCUAAUUUAGUAAAAUUCGUUUUUAGAUGUAUAUACUGUAUGCUCAUACUAAAAACGUAGUAAAUGUGAAAGUAGAAAUAAAGUAACGUCUAAAAAUUGUGUUUCAGGGAAGUUUGCGUCUAACUGCCGUUUAAUAAUUAGCGUGAUUUCAUAUAUGGCGGUUUGUCAACUGCCUGCAUUCUGAGUGUAGAUUCCAAAACAGUCUUCCAGGGAUUCGGGGUAUUCUUGACUCGUUUGACUUAAAUGAGAUGGGGUUCAAUAAGAGAAACUGGAUUUUGCUUGAUUUUACCGAUGAGGACGUCGUUAGAUUAAAUGUUUUCAUAAGACGACAUGCUAUGGGGCCGGUCGGUGCCUAAUAAACUUGAAUAUAACUGCCAGGUGUGAUCGUAAACAUACCAUUUUGUGUUUAUAGAGAGAACUUUUCUUCCGUUAAAUUAAUUUACACUUGUCGUUCGUUUUGGAUUACGUUGAGUUUCAGAUCGGCCUCAAAAUAUUGCUGCAUACUUCAUGAUUUUCAGUGUUUUCACUCGAUCGUCCAUAAAGACAGAUUCUGAAUUACCUGUCUGUUGAGGACUUUAAAAUAAGAUUAUUCUUGAAGACAUUUAGCGAAUGAAUGAGUGUUCAGGCGCUUCUUUUCACGAAGAUGGCCGUUUGGGUCACAUGUGAAGACUCAUUCAAACAUCAAACUGCAUUUUCGAGAAAAUUGGCUGUCCACAACGAAAGCCAGCAACGAAUAUGCAUGUAUGUAUGCAAACUCAGUCAUUCCAUUUUCCGCUUAUAACCCCAAUGCUUGUCUCAUCGGUCGCAUCUACGAUCAUUAGCUUCUUUCUUAUGCCUCAUGAGUUUAAUUUCUUGCCUACAUGCCCAUGACUGCAUUAAAAAUCGAACACAGGGCUGGCAGCAGUACAUGAAAUCACUUACCGGACCGAAGUCGGCCAAACUAAUAUUAGAAGGAGGUGGAAUGACAAAGUUUGGGGUAGACUGAUGCAGAACUGUUUGUUUCCAGAAACCAGCAUUCAUCAUGCAUCCAUUUCUGAAUGAAUAUAUACUGAUUCCUCAGCACAGAAUUGCAUGGAGCGGUUCAAUGGCGUUCUUAUGACCUAUGUGUUAGAUUCUGAGGCGAACCAUCUGUGCCAUAUGUGUGCACGCGUGUUCGUCUUUCCGGUCCCACAAGGUGGACACAGUUAUGAUUGGCUGAAUGAGGGCAAGUAAGCCCGAAACAGUUUUGUAUCAAGUUGACCCAAAAUCCAUCUCCUCACUUCCUGAUAUUCGCAUGUACAAAUACAAUUAUACAAUGGUACAGGGGCGCUCACCGAUCGUUCAUACGGAACUCACUCGUCCCGUUGUGCCUUAGGACUCUCUCUCUCGAGCCCAACUAGCAGCCGAAUAGCGGCGCGUACUAUAGGCGAAAUAAAAGUACCGACAAAGACAAAGGAAACUGAAAUGGCCAUUUCUGGCUAAUUAGCCGUCGUCAGCCAGUCCUACCCAACUCAAAAGUGUAGAACACCUGGGGCUUGAUCUCGCAACCUGUUGUUUAGAAGUCUAACCCCCCAACCUACUGAUCAAUAGGCCUCUUGUCCUGUCGAUUGUGAUCGGGAAUAUAUACUGGUAGGGGGUCGAGCCCCAGGAGUGCCCAUCUCGGAGUUGGGUAUGACUGGCUGACGACGGGUAAUGAGCCAGAAAUGGCCAUUCCAGUUUCUCUUGUCUUUUUCAGUAGUGCUAGUCUGCAUAUAUUAUGCGCCGCUGUGCGGUAUCUGGCGGGGCUCGAAAGGGAGCCCCAAGGCACAACGAUACGAGCGAAUCCCAUAACGCGAUAGGUGAGCGGUCCUCUACUAUUAUACAUAUGUAUACAUAUGACAGAGGUAUUAUACCGUACUCCCCAUAUAGGUACUAGCUAAAAGCCCAGACACGUGUUUCGCCGAUAUUCUUCCGCUGCGUGAAACACCUUCGAGGGGUUCGGCUCCCCAGUGGGUCCCCAGCGUUCUCCAUGCGAUUUCGGUACAUGAAUUCCAGAGAGCAAGCAAGCGACUAAUUUCAUAAAUUAUCCAGUGCAGGACUUAGAAUUAAUUCUUCGGCACAUGUGAACAUAUGAGUAUUUCUGUUUUAGAUAUUGUGGCCUUACUAUCUCAAAAUCAUCUUGAACCUCCCCAAAUACUCAACCCGACUUCCAGCUCUCUCAGAAAAAUAUCUGGAAACAGCUCGGUAAGUCUUUAUCUUUCUCGGGGAUAUGCUUUCUAAGCGAUAGAUUGCAGUCUUGAAAGAUUCGCAAAUUAAUUGCAUCGUUUUACAUGACGCCGUGUCUGAGAACAGUGCAGUGCUUGCAUUUACUAGCAUGAAGCAUUCGUAAUGCGCAGCGGGAAACCGUGCCUAUUUCGAAGGACGCAAAAGAUAAGGAGAAAAAAACCCCGAAGCCGCUCGCAUCAAGACAAACACUAUAGCUGGAUACCUCUUUUCGCACCAACCACUGAUCUGCUGCAGCUGUGCGUACCAGCGGUGUGAAUUAGUCAGCGUUUCUUACUUCGCAACUCACAUGGCGGGUCUAUUUUAAUCUGUAUGAGUUUUUUUUGCCGGCAUUGCAACCCAAACCUCUUUGUGCCGACAAUCGAUAAGUCCGCGGACAUUUGACAUAGUUAGACCCUUCUACCAACUAGAACAGUUUCAUUAUGACACCGUCAAAAUAAAUUAGGAGCUCUCACAGUCAAAACGUUUUUCAAGACGGAAUAAAAGCUACGGCAGCUCGAAUUCGUGUCAAGGCUUUAGGACCUGACCAUCGCAGCUGUGAUUGCCGCUUGUGCAAGUUGAUCUGUAUUCGUGUCUAUCUCGCUCUCAAGUCAAACCUUUCGCAAUGGUGCUGCCUAUUCCGUGUGGGAUUGUUUAACCAUCAAUAAGUAUGUGGUUUUAAACGUGUGAAUAACGGUUCAUCAUUUUCAACCUCAAAAACGGUUGAAACUGAUUCGUAAUAUAUUAUUCACCGAAAUACUCCCGGACCCUUGAUUUUCUCUGCAUGCAACUUACGUUGUCGGACGACAACAGAAUACCCUCUGGGUAACAAUAGAGUAUCUACGGCAUACAAAGAAUGCCUACUAUUUUUGUUUAAGUAGGCCCUGUUUUACUCAUUAUUCCUCUAAACAUGGAGUUUGCUUUCGGAUGUUGCGUAAUCUGCCAUGCCGUUGGCUCAGGGAGUUGAUAGACGAUCGUAUCGACUCGCUGGACUAUCGCAGACGAUGUCUGUGGUUAUUCGGCCAAACUUUGCUGUAGAACGUGUUUUUCACUCUGUGUGCUUAUAGUUAUUUAUUCUUACACCCCAUUUUGCAACACCCUUUUCUAUAUUAGUCUCAACAAUGUAAACCGAGGCUCUGGGUACUUGAUGAACCUCAGAGUUUGCACGCAUGAUCCAAAAACCGCGUUCUCACGAGACUUGUGCAUGGCCCGACUGGAUACCUAUCGUAUGGUUGUCUUUGUUCAAGUUCCACUUAUUGUCAGAUAAAAUGCAAAAAAUGCCAUUCAGUUAGGAGCGUAUUUGCAUUCACUCGACCUCCUCAGUAGGCUGUCUUACUCAAGUAUUUCUUUGUGCUGACGUCCUCGAGAACCGCCACAAUGCCACAUUCUCCCACCAGAUGCACUCAUAUUCCACCAGUUUGUUACUCCAGGUUCUUAACGCUUAGGAGGCGCUUACUACAUCAGAGUUCUGUGUUAUGGUAUUCGUCCUAACCAUGUCUAGCCUAGUGCCUCCACUUAAAUCCCACUGCCAAAAUUACUGAAAUGGAAGUGAGUAACCGUUAUUGUCUUCCUUACAGAGGCCCCCAGACAUAGUUGUUCGAUGCCCAAGUAGUCCCGAUGCCUCGUCAGUAUACUCUUUGUCGCCCAGUGUGGUUGGCCGAAAUUACCGGGGCGCUGCACCGCCUAUUUCAAUUCACCGGUAAGAUUAACUUUUACAUAUUUCCAUACUUCACAUUUUAGAAUGUGA